GCAGGGUCGACCAGGAAAACCUGGAAACAAGGGAUCAGCCGGACACCGUGGCCCUAACGGACAGAAGGGCCAACCAGGAGAGCCGGGGGUUAAAGGCGCUCCGGGAUCAGAGGGACCCAGAGGGAUGCCGGGUGAGGACGGCAGAGACGGACACGGACCUCAGGGACCCAAAGGUGUCAAGGGAGAUCCUGGUUUCCCUGGUUAUCCUGGUCUACCGGGUGAGGACGGUCUGAGCGGAGCCAAAGGAUAUCCAGGACGGAAAGGGAACCAAGGUCGAGGGGGGGACUCGGGCAGGCCGGGAGGACCAGGCGGUCCCGGAGACCCGGGAUAUUCAGGACACAGGGUGAGAGGACGUCCAGAGUUCAGUUCAGUCAUCAGCAAAAACAGGAACUCUUCCACCUUCACUCUCAUAGACACCAAAGACAUCAGCAAAGAUUU